GCUAAUUCUGUUUUCUACAGUUAUUCCAAACUCAAUUGAAUUGAAUUAGAUUGAAACGUGUUGUAUUGUGUUCAGUGUUGGUUUGGUGUGUUGUUUUGAGUUAUGAAUGCUUGUUGAACGUGUUAUCCCGUUUACGCCAAUUAGAAUUAGAAUAACUAGGAUUUAAUUUACUUCCACUUAGGUUCGUUUUAUUCCUUGUGUUUCCUUGAAGUUCAGUACUACAUCCUUAUUUAGCGUACACUAGCCUGUUGCUCUAUAGUUGGAUUAGGUUAGGAUUGCUGUAAUCAACUUUAAGUGUUUGUUUGGUUCAUGGUUUCAAGUUUAGUUGUAAAGACUAUAUUAAUUAGGUAUUUUGCCUUCGAAGAUCGGCAAUUUAUGGGAAAGUCAAAGGCUAAUGAAGGAGAUGAAUCAAGCAUAUCGAGUUAAUAAAGAUGAUAAAAUACUUCUUUUAGGGGAAGGAAAUUUUUCAUUUUCAAAGAGCUUUAUUACAUUUAUUGAGACUCAUUCUCCACAUAUUCUUAAGGAAAUUGAAAUAUUUUCGACGUGCAGGGAGAGUGACUCUCAGGGCUUUUCUGAUUUGAAAGAGAAAACGGUCAAGUUUCUUUUGGAUAAAGGUGUUAAUGUUGUUUUUAAUGUUGAUGCAACUAAUCUGAAAUGCCAUUUGGCAGUAGGAAAGAAAAAGUUCAACAAAAUCAUAUUCAAUUUUCCACAUGUUGGAGGUAAAAUGAAGAUACAUCUGAAUCGCAAACUCUUAAAGGAUUUCUUCUGCAGUGCAAGAGAAGUAUUGGCUGAGAGUGGGCAGGUGGUAGUAGCACUGUGCGAUGGCCAGGGCGGUACAUCAGCGGACACAAAGCGACGGCACUGGCACGACACAUGGCAGGUGACAGAGAUGGCGGCGUAUUCCGACUUUGUGUUGCACAUAAUUGAACCAUUUGACCUGGCCAGCUUCCCACACUAUGUCAAUGUUGGUUACAGAAGCUGUGAAAAGAGUUUCCACUGUGAAAACGCCAUUGUUCAUGUUUUUAAAACAGAAGACCCACCUCGUAUCCUUCUAGAAGACCUUGAUAAGUGGUUUUCAGUUGAGAAUAUGUCGGAAGACAUGAUUUUUGAAUUUCUCGAUUGCCACAUGAGAAACCCGUUUUCAAACCCUCAAUCUCCCACAUCGUAUAUAUGCAAAACUCUGUCGGAAAAACUGGGUUUUAAAUUCAACACUUGUGAGCCAGUAGAGAGUUAUUGUAAUACUGGUUCAAAACCAUCUGUAAUUGAUGUGAUGAAAAUUUUCAGCAAACUUAAAGAAGAAAAUAUUAAUGGUGAUUGCUCUGUUGUAAAAGUUGUGAUGAAAACUAAACCUGUUGACCUCAAGGAUUUCUCUAAGGCUCCUGUAAGAUGCCAAUUGAUGAUGUUUGGAUCUGAAUCAAUUUCAGUGUUUUACGAGUAUCUUUCCCAUCUCAUAACUGUUUUCCAAUCUGGCUGGCUCUUGAAUGUUGUUAAAAUAGAAGAUAUAGCAUGGAAAAGCAAAAUGCUUGUUACACCUUUAAAUUCAGACACAUUUCAAGCUUUUAGUGCGGUUGAGACAUUAGUCCUCCCCAAUGGAAUAUCUUGUCACAUCAUACAUGUAGACCUACUGGCUCAAGUCUUGUUCCAACUGGAAGACUGGAGAUCUUUGUGGGACGGCAAGGUUGAUAGCUCCGGUACUGGAAAGCCGACAUUUCAUCCCAAAAGUCUUUUUCCAAAAGAACACGCAUUUGAUUUGGGCCUGUCAGUACCGCUCCAUUUGAAAGAUCAGUUUGAGAAUAGAUUUCUUCUGGUUUUGUGGCUUUUAGCAGGAGAUAUGAUUGUUAAAACAGAACGUCUCAGUACGUACCUCCCUACGGAUAGAGAGUUAGUGUGUUAUUGCUAUCGCAUCACGUACACUUCGCACACAGCCCCUUUACACAGAAAGAGAGUUAUACACAUCCACGAGAAUAUAAUUGCUAAGUUCAUAUCUAAAUCACUGCGCGUAAAUAUUACAUGAAACAAAUUGUGACUAAAGACUUUGU